UAACAAAUGACAUUAUCCAAAUAUUUGAACUAGUGGAACAGUAAAAAUGGGUUCACCGAUAUAUCUUUUUUUAUCAGUCCUUUGUUUUUCGUGUUCGGUCACAUUAACUACUGCAGGUGUGAAAACUUGUACUACUGAACUGGAAUAUUAUUUUAAUUUAUUUGGACAAACUAAUGGUGGCACUUGCCAAAUUGAUCCCGAUGGAGGAGCCAGUCCUAUGGAAAUUUUGGGGAGAUGGGGCUGCACUGUUGAAGAAAAAAUACUAACAACUGGAGACGGUUAUCAAGUUUCAGUCAUCAGAGCAUACAGUAAAAAUUUGAAUACUUCAUUGGCACCCAUUUUAAUGGUUCACGGUAUUUAUAUGAAUACUAGAGGCUUUAUGUCCUCACAAGAAAAAAGUCUUGCGUAUCAAUUUCUGGUAGCGGGCGGCGGUGAUAGGCAAGUUUUUUUCUUAUCCCUAAGAGGUACGAUUUAUAGUACUGGAAAUAUAAAUGGUCUUGAUCAGAGUAACUACGACUACUGGAAUUUUUCAUGGCACGAGAUGGGCAAGUACGAUGUUGCAGCUGCCCUGGAGUUUGUUUGGGCCACCACUGGACAAAAGGCAAUAGUAAUUGGAUAUUCUAUGGGAACAACGGUCACAACUGUUUAUCUCUCUUUAGAUCCAGCGACAGCUCAAUCUCGAGUAAGAAAUUUUAUUGCAAUGGCACCAAUUGUAAUUUUAAAUAAACAAAUACGAUCUAUAUUAGGAGGCUUAGCAACUAUUUGGCCUUUAGUUCAGCCAAUGGCCAAGUUGGCAUUUAACGGUCAAGUACUUAAGAAGAACCCAGCAUACACGAGUUUCUGCGCACUGGUCCCAGUUACGAUGCAAAUGUGUUACUCGGUUACGGUGCCCAUAUUUGGAAAUAAUUACCCCUGUUUAGAUUAUGAGAAGCGUCCGAUACAAAUUACAAAUAAUCCAGACAGCAUUUGCGAAAAGGUCAUAACUCAUUACGCACAACUAAUUAAUUCAGGAAGAUUCCAGAAGUUUGACUAUGGAUCAGCCGGAAAUCUGGUGGCAUAUAACAGCGCUACACCACCCGAAUAUCCAUUGAGUGAUAUUAAUGUUCCAGUUACAUAUAUUGUUUCAGAUAAUGAUUGGUUAGCAGAAAAAUCCAAUGCACUACUCGCGUAUAAUAAAAUACGAUCAGAUUGUCAAUGUGGAUUUAUGAGAGUUUCAGACACCCAAUUUGCGCACGACAAUUUCAUUAACCAUAAAGAUCAGUUACUACUCCUAAAUCAACGAUUAGCGGCCAUAAUAAACAAUCAAUUAGAUCAAAUUAAUCCAACUUGUCCUACCCAACAGACAAUUUGAUAGAUGUUUUAAAUUGUAUUAUUUUUAAAAUUUAUUGUUAUUUAUUGUAAUGUAAAUGAGAAGUACUUAGUUAUUUUAGUAAAGUUUAUUUAAAAGAA